CUCAAUUCUCAACUUUUGCCCGUCGCUUAUUUUAUCCUUCGGCGUCCUCUCUUGCCUUUCUUCAAACAGGUGGGGGACAAACCACAGCGUUCCUCUUUCAUUCUUCUUCAGUAUUAUCCAAACAACUUCCCCCUUUACAUUAGCUGCUGUGGAAACCCUAGAACUUAUCCUGAUUGAAUUUUGCCCUAGUCCUCUUCUUCAAUUGGCUGAUUCUGAUGCGUAAAUUCAUAUGAUCUGUUGCUUCGAGGUCAGAAGUUUCGAUUUGCGGAAUCUACAAUGGAAAAUCAAUUACAACUAGCCUUGUUGUCCAGUCCGACGGCGUCGUUCAUGACCUUGUUCGACUCGCAGAAGGAACUUCUCCGUAACCAGAUUGAUCAGCUCGAAAACAUCGUUUUACGUCAAUGCAACCUCACUGGCGUCAAUCCCCUCUCUCAAGAGAUGGCUGCUGGAGCUCUUUCAAUAAAAAUUGGCAAAAGGCCACGAGAUCUUCUAAACCCCAAGGCAAUAAAGUAUAUGCAGUCUGUUUUCUCUAUCAAAGACUCAAUCAACAAGAAGGAAACCCGCGAAAUUAGUGCCCUUUUUGGUGUCACAGUCACACAGGUGCGUGACUUUUUUACAGCUCAGCGUACAAGAGUUAGAAAGUUCCUGAGGUUGUCUAGAGAGAAAGCUAGCAUAUCAAAUGCAUCUAUUGAAGGGCCUUGUCCGAUCCCAUUGAGUUCUGAAUCUGAUCCUAGCUCACAAACAGAGCCAGUUCCUCUAGACAGCGUGGCUCCAACCUGUACAGAGGAGGGGCCAUCUUGUUCUACACAGGAUGAUGUCCUAACUGGCAUAGAGGAGACAGAUAAACAUUUUCUUGAUAAUAUCCUUACUUUAAUGAGAAAAGAAGAAACCUUCUCUGGGCAGGUUAAGUUGAUGGACUGGAUCUUGGAAGUACAAAACCCUUCCGUGCUAUUUUGGUUUUUAGCUAAAGGGGGUGUAAUGAUUUUGGCUACAUGGUUGAGUCAAGCAGCUGUCGAAGAACAAACCAGUGUUCUUAAUAUCAUCCUUAAGGUACUAUGCCAUCUUCCGCUACACAAAGCAUUUCCCGUACAUAUGUCGGCUAUACUGCAGAGUGUUAAUAGACUGCGAUUUUAUCGGACUCCAGAUAUCUCAAACAGGGCAAGAAUUUUGCUUGCAAAAUGGAGCAAAAUGUUCGCAAAGAGCCAGGCUAUGAAGAAACGUAAUGGGAUUAAAUCGGCUAGUGAUGUGCAGGAUGAGUUGCUAUUGCAGCAGAGUAUUGGUGAAGUUAUGGGCGACGAAAUAUGGAACUCAAAAGCUGAGGACGUCGGAGAAUCUCACGCAAACCUCUGUGGACCUUCAGAGUAUUCGAGGAAGUUGGAUUCUUCACAUCCAGUUAAAUUGCUCACAGCAUCUUCAGAUGACUCUACCAAGAGGCUUAAUAAAGGAGCUUUAGCGUCUAAAACUCGAGAGCGAAGAAAAGUUCAGCUAAUGGAACAACCAAGCCAAAGAACGACAGGAAGGAGCCUAGCAGUAGGAAGACCCGCAACUGCAACUCAAGGCCGCCCGCUUUCAGCAGAUGAUAUCCAAAAAGCAAAAAUGCGUGCUCAGUUUAUGCAGAGUAAAUAUGGGAAAGCUAAAAAUGAUGAGAGUUCUCGGGUGAAAGCUGAAGCUCCAAAUGGAGUUACCACUCCACAAGAUGAUAUCUUGCAGGGAGAUCCAAAAUUGCUAGGUUGUCCUAAAGAUGAUGAACAUGAAAAGCUUGAUAGUGUUGCCUUGAAAGGGUUCAAACAACAGGAAAGUCAUCGCAAGUUGAGUUUUGACGUAGAAGAACCUCCAUGGAAAAGGUGCAGGAGAAUGCAGAUCCCUUGGUGCAAACCACCAGAGGUGAAGAUGAGUGAUGCAUGGAAGGUUUGUGAUGGGGGUGAGAGCAAAGAAGUUGACAUUCAGAAUAACAGAAUCCGUCGAGAGAGGGAAACCAUUUACAGGACAGUCCAGGAAAUUCCGUUGAACCCCAAGGAACCUUGGGACCGUGAAAUGGACCCUGAUGACACAUUAACCACAGAAAUUCCAAUUGAGCAAUUACCAGACGCUGAAGGUGCUGAAACAGUUGUUUUGCGGCCGGAGGACGAAGAAACUGAAGCUGCAUCAGCCAGUACGUCAAAUGGCAUUGCAACUACAGCGGAACCAGAUGUAGAGUUGCUUGCCGUACUGCUAAAAAAUCCAGAGUUGGUUUAUGCCUUGACGUCUGGCCAAGCUGGAAACUUGUCCGGUGAGGAAACUGUGAAGCUGCUUGAUAUGAUCAAAGCAAAUGGGAUGAAUUCACUGAGCAGUGUAACAGAUUUAGGAAGAACUGCUGAGAAGAAAGUUGAAGUUUCUCUUCCAUCCCCUACUCCUUCCAGUGAUCCUGGAACGAGCGGAUCGAUGCAGGGCUUUGCUAAAAAUCCUUUCUCGCAGAGAAGUUUAAUGGCGGUUCCGGAAGCAAAUGGUGCAACCCAGCUUGCAGUUUUGGUCCGUUCACAAGAAAAGCUUCAAACUAGCAGCUCAAUAUAUCCGCAGAGUACAUCCAGCACAAUGUUAGCACCACAGCAGUUGCCGAUAGCCCCACAAUUGGCCCAACAACUAUCACUGCUUCAAGCAGCUGCAGGAUCUUUUGGGAAAGAUCAUCGACUGUCUCCAUUAAAUCCUAAUCUAAACCAGACUGUCCUAGCAAAUCCUAUGCAUUCACAAUUAUCUGCCUCAGAACCAGCAGUAAAUAGAAAUAAUUACUCUCCCUUUGGUUUGACGGAAUACAAUCUACACAGUGCCACUGCAUCAGCAGCAACCACAAGAAUCCAGGGCCAAACAUCUGGUAAUAUUAGAUCCUCGCCAAUGCCUAUAGCUAAUGUACAAGAAAGAACUAUAAGCCUACAUAUGCCUCAAAUGGCAGUAUCACAUACACCACCAAGGCCACAGCUACAAACACAGCCACGACCUGGCUACGCACCUGAACAUAUGUGGGGAACUAUGUCGGGUUCUACUCUAAAUCGGGGUUAUCAAGAAAAUUCGAUCCCAAACCAUUAUAAUACACGUCUUGCCGGGCAUGGAGAACCUGGACUACAACAGGCUGCAUGGAGAGGAAACUAUGUGGAGGAGGCUGGAUUUGAGUCUUGGAGUCCUGAUAAUAGUCCUGUUAGGCGUCAAGAACAACUAGGAAGAUGGAAUCACUCAGAACCUAGGAUGAAUAUGAGAGAAAACUACAGAUCGGAUUGGUCUACAUUGCGAAAUCCCAGUUAUUAUUCUGGUUACCAUGGUCCUGACGAUGGUGGAAAUAGAAGGUGGGGUGACAGGAGAAGAUAACCCUCAAACGGCUGACCAUUUAAUUCUUUUGACAAGAGUGAUAUUUGUUAGUGUUUAGAAUAGAAUAGGAUGUUUUCAAGAGGGGAUUUGCAACGUGAGAUGGUUGUAAACCUGUUAUGUCAGCAUGUUACCUCACUUUAUUCUGUUUCCCAAUUGAUACCUUUAGAGUGCCUGUCAACAGCAAAAAGAAGAAAAGAAAUUUAGCUCACUUGUAGUCAUCCUAGUACAUUGGUUAGAAGUAAAAAUUAUUUGCUAAUUGAAUUUUUUUUUUCUUCAUGAAAA